AUGGGAUCGUGUUUUUCACGAAAAGAAGCCCAAAGAACACAACAACUAGACUCUAGUAUUUCACUAAAAGAAACACAACUAGACUCUAGUUUAUCAAUAGAACUCGAAUAUAAUGGAGGAAUCGGCUGGUUUGAUUUACCGUAUGAGAUGAGGGAUAUGAUAAUUGGUUUUAUGGAUUUGGAAGGAAAAGCUAGAUUGGCUAAAUGUUCAAUUAAUUGUUAUGAAGAAGUUGCGCUAAGUCGAAAUUAUAUUGAAGAAAUUCUAUAUAGUGGUUCAUUCGAAAGAACUCGGAUUACCAUUGAAGUGAAUAGAAAAAAUGAAAAAUGGUAUUUCGAAAUACAGAAAUCAGAUUCUGGAAAUUGUGAACUUCAUUGGAAUUCUUACCCAUAUGAUCUCAUUUCGAAAACAAUAUUCAGAAAUCAAGAUAUAGCAGAAAUCGCUUUGAAAUUGUUCAAUAAUAUUUUGAAGAAAAACUCGAAAAGUUUGAAAAGUAUUACAGUUCUAAGUGUAAGUUGAUCAAAAAUCAGUGCAAGUUAAAUAUUCAAAUUAUUUUUGUAGGGUGAUUUUCCAUUUAAUCGAACGAAUAUCAAUAAUUUGAGAAAUGGAAAUUUGGAAGAUUUGGUACUUUUCGAAAAUAAACAUGGAAUUGAUCCGAUUUCAAGUGGAUUUGUUGAUCUCGAUCUGAUUUCACUGUUUCAAAAGCGAGUUGUUCUUCCGAAUAUUCAACUUUGUGAUUUAUUCAAAAUUAAAUCAGAAAAUCGAGUUUUAUGUGAACCAAAAUAUUCUUUGACUGAAUUCGACGAUUUUUUGAGAAGAUUUUUCAUUGAAGAAGAACACGAUGAAAGUCUAAAAUGUAUAGAAUUUCAUUCAUUGGGAAUCGAUAUUUCAUCAAAUGAUUUGACUCGACUUAUCGAAAAAUAUACAGGAACUGGUGUGGAAUUUGAGGUAGAAUUACGCCCAUCGAAAUAUGUUCAAUUUUCGCGAUUAUCAAAAAAGUGGAGAAAUCGGAAGAAUUGUAUACUUAUACAAAGUGAUAGAUAUUUAUUCUUCAAAACUGUAAAAACAACUUGAAUAUUUUAUGUGUUUUUCAAUGAAAGUAUUGUUUUUUAAUCAUUUUUCGCAAAAAAAUCAAUAUCGUCCACGAGAAGUACACUAAAUGAAUUAUUUUAUGAGCAUUGCCCACUUUCAAAAAAAAGCAGCGCCUAUACAUUAUUUUGAGAGAGAGUGCAGAGAAACAUAGGGGUCCUUGUUUUUUCCUAAUAUGAGCAAUCAUCUUCUCCCCAAAAAAAAACUCACUUAUAAUAAUCCAACACUUUAUUUUCAGUUUUGUCAUAAACUUCGAGACGUCUUCUGGCUACUUCAAGUUGAUCAACACUUCUCUUGAAUAAUGGUUCACCAGUGAUAUCGUCUUUGCCCUGAAAAUCAGAAAUUUUGAGUUAUGACGUGGCAAAAUUAGAUUAGCAGCGCCUAUGUAUUAAUUCGAGAGAGCGCAGAGAAAAAUAAGCAGCGCCCACUUUUUGCAUUGUACAAUGAAUAAGCAGCGCCUAAAUAAGCUCCGCCCACUUUUGAAAAAUAAGCAGCGCCUAUGUAUUAUUUUGAGAGAGUGCAGAGAAAAAAUAAGCAGCGCCUAAAUAGGCUCCGCCCACUUUUGAAAAAUAAGCAGCGCCUAAAUAGGCUCCGCCCACUUUUGAAAAAUAAGCAGCGCCUAUGUAUUAUUUUGAGAGAGCGCAGAGAAAAAUGAGCAGCGCCCACUUUUUCAUUUAAAAAGGUGCGUGAAUUAAUAAAAGCACAAAAUCGCCUGUCUCCUCAUUUUUAGAAUAAUUUAGUCUACAAAAAUGGGAUCAUGUUUAUUAUCAAAAUAAAAAAAUUUGGCAAAAAACGGAGCCCAGAAAUUCAAAUGACACUCUUCCCAAGUACGGUGUUUCUUUCAGUCGCUGCGAGACCCAUAUGUGCGUCUUUGACUUUAUUUCUCUGCCCAAUGGUGUGGUCUCGAAACGGUGUUAGUGACGCAGAGGAAUACCGUACUUGGGGAAAUUGGGAUUUGAAUUUCUGGUUUCUCUUUUUUUGCCAAAUUUUUUUACUUUGAUAAUAUCAUCAGAAGAAGAAAAAACUCAAGCAACAAUACAACAACUACAGUCUAGUCCAUCAUCAUCAAAAACUGAAGAAAUAAAUGGAGAAUAUAUUGGAGACCUAGGUUUGAAGUUUCCCAAUGAAGUGAAGCUAGAAAUCACCGAUAUAACAGUAUUUGUACAACGAAAUCUGAUCAAUUUUUUGUGUCACGUUAAAAUUUUUUUUUUCAUUUUUUUAUUUUUGUUUUGUUUUGUUUUUCAACGAGAUAAAAAUCUUGCCACGUCUCUUUUGUCAGAAAAUACGUGGCGGCCUUUUGCUUGUUUUUCUGGAUUUUGUCCAGUCAUUGAUCAUUUUUUGCGUCCGGAAAAUGGUGAGUGAGCAGAACAUCAAAAAUUGAAAAAAUGUUUUUGUUUUCAGAUUUUUCUUCUACAGUAAACCAUUACGCGCUGAUCGAAUGUUUCGCCUCAAUUGAAUCUACGGUAAAUAAUAAAUUCCUCUAGCCAGUUCUAAUUUUGAAUUUUUUAUAGCUGGCUUCAGAAAAAUUGGAGUCGGCCGAUUUACGACUAUUAUCAUCGAAAAACCGAUCGAAUGAUUUUGUGAAGCUGACGUUUCAAUAA